CGAUAGUUCCAUUGUUAGUUUGCAGCCCUGAAAGACAGCUCACCAAAAAUUUUGCUGCUGUGAUUUUAAUUUUGGUUUAAAUUUUAUUUAAAUUUGUCGGAAACUGCACGCGUUGUGCGCAAGAUCAGCACCUAGAGCAGCAGUAAACACAGUGCGAAAUUUCCAUGCAAAAACCCAUCUCAUUAGCAGUUGCACACACCAGAAAAACAACAACGAAAACGAGUUCGAGUGCGAGCUGUAGUUGAAUUUUUUUCAGCCAGCAGCCAAGUCCGAGAUUGUGUGAAAAAUUCCAGUGGAUAAAAUUGCUUUAAAAUGGUUGAUAAAUUCAUAAGCAUGUGGAAAGUGCGCGAAUUGGCGGACAAAGUCACCAAUGUCGUGAUGAACUACACCGAGACGGAGGGCAAGGUGCGGGAGGCCACCAACGAUGAUCCCUGGGGACCCACGGGGCCGCUCAUGCAGGAGCUGGCCUACGCCACCUUCUCCUACGAGACGUUCCCGGAAGUCAUGUCUAUGCUGUGGAAGCGCAUGCUGCAGGAUAACAAGACCAACUGGCGACGAACCUACAAGAGUCUUCUCCUGCUUAACUAUUUGGUGCGCAAUGGGUCGGAGCGCGUGGUGACAUCAUCGCGGGAGCACAUCUACGAUCUGCGCUCGUUGGAGAACUACACUUUCACCGACGAGGGCGGCAAAGAUCAGGGUAUUAAUGUUAGGCAUAAGGUACGAGAGCUUAUAGACUUCAUUCAGGAUGAUGAUCGGUUGCGCGAGGAGCGCAAAAAGGCGAAAAAGAACAAGGACAAGUACAUUGGCAUGAGCAGCGAUGCCAUGGGCAUGCGUGGCUCCAGUGGAUAUAGCGGCUAUAGUGGAGGCGGUGGCAGCGGUGGAGGCGGCGGUGGCGGUGGCGGUGGCAGUGGUGGUGGCUACAACGAUGGAGAUUGGCGCACAAAUCGUGGAGACAAUUGGUACUCUGAUAAGACCGCCGGGGAUCGGUACGAAGAUGAAGAUACUCAUUACGAUGGCGAGCGCGAGGGCUCUGACAGCGACUCCCCCAGUCCCAGACGCAACUAUCGCUACAAUGAUCGGGCAAGUCCCGCCGAAGUGGCCACCGAGACCACCAAAGCACCCAACCUCAACAUGAACAUUCGUACAGCCAAGACCGCCGUCAGCUCGCCAGUGGCCAAGCAGCCGGUUUCGGCAACGGCAGCGGCUACUUCCGGUUCGGCUAAGCCGGCGCUAUCGCAGAAGAAGAUCGAUCUGGGUGCGGCUGCCACAUUUGGCAAGCAGCCGCCGAGCAGCGCCGCUGGCAUACACUCGCCCACGCACCGCGACACACCCACCAGCUUGGAUCUAAUGGGCGGCGGCUCACCCAGCAGCAGCCGCAGCAACAUCCAGAACAACAAUAUACAAAGCAAUAAUGAUCUGCUGGAUGAUCUGUUCAAGACCUGUGCCACAACCCCAGAGAAGACACUGAACAGUGCCGCCGUCAUUGUGGACGACGAUGACGACUUCAAUCCACGAGCCCCGGAAGCCGGACAGCAGGAAUUCGGGGACUUUGCGUCUGCAUUUGGGGGCAGCUCCUCGGCUCCCGUCAGCGAGCCACCGUCAACGGGCAUACUCCCGGCGGCCAGCAAUGAUGAGUUUGCCGACUUUGCCGCAUUCCAAGGCUCAACGACAUCAACCUCGGCGCUGGAUGGCAAUCUGUUGAAGACAGCGACGCCAGCGAACGAUUCGUUUGACUUGUUCAAUGCGACGCCAGCAGCGGCAGCAGCAGCCACAGCGGGAACGGCCACAGAUCUUCUGGCUGGACUGGGGGAUCUGUCGAUACACCAAAGCAUGCCAAUGGCAGCAGCAACAGCAGCAGCAGCUGUUAAAAUGCAAUUGACAGCCACGAGCCAGCAGUCGCUGGCGCCGCCGCUUCCCGCACCGCCGGAGUGGGUGCAUCAGGCCCUCGCAAAGGCUGUCAAAGAUCUGCAUGAUUUGGGGCAGGUUGAGAGCUCAUCAGAUGCCGCUCUGGUGGCAGCCACGCUGCAGAGACUGCACAGCUUGAAUGCCCUGCCUGGAUAUGCCACGCCCGAGCAGCUGGUGGGUCUCGAUCGCCAGGCAUUCGAUUGGACUGCGCUGGUGGUGGCCGAUGGCGAGUACUCGGCUCUGCUGAGCCAGCUGGUUGGAUUGUUCAGCCCGGACUGGCCAGAGCCCACGCGCGAUUUGGAUGUCCUCAAUCUGUUGCGGAUGGAUCACAGCUUUCCGUAUACACAAAUGGCCUUUGAGACGCUGCACCGGCAGCUGGAUAGACUGCCGGGCACAAUCAGUUCUCUCUUCGGAGUCCUGCUGCAGGAUGAGUGCCUGCUGGCCGUUAGUUUGCUGCACAUUUCGCGCCAGAGGGCGGUGCUGAUGCAGCGCUUUGCUCGCACCAUUAAGGUGAUACCCGAGAGGCUGGUGGAGGAGCACGAUGCCCAGGUGAGGCAGUUCAUUCAGCUGAUUAUUGGACUGCUGGCGGAGGUGGCCAACCGACUGGGUCGCCAGCUGCCGGAGAUGUACGCCCCCACUCGCUAUGGACAUCUCCUGCUGCGCCAGUGGCUGCGGUCCCUGCACUUUGUGCUGCAGUGCGAGGAAAGCUCGGAAUACUUUGACUUGUCGCCGUACUCGUGGCUGCUCUCGCAGCUGAUCAACCACUUCCAUGAUGCCGCCACCUUGGAGGAUCUCUUGCGUGUGCUGAAGGACUAUGCCGUGGCGCCCAGCGGACGAAAAGUGAUCGAAUGCAUCCUGCUUGAACUGGAGCCUGCAGCCUGCCUUAAGGUCGCUCAGUCCGCCCUUUCGGCCCAACUCAAUCUCUAUGUGCUGCUUGGACCUGCUGCCCUGGAGUCCGCCCCCCACUGGAAGCACUGCCUGCUGCAAAAGCUGCCCCUGCAGCGGACGCCCAGCGAAAAUAAACAGCUCUUCCCACUGGUGUCCUACUUGCAUGUAGUGGCUCCCGCCCAGCUGCAGGUGCUCUUCAACCAGCUGCUGGGCAUCUGGUCGAAGCGCAUCUCCCUGCAGAAGCUGAGCGGCCAGGAGCACUUGGCCAUAUCCAAGCUGCUCGUGCUGUCCGGCAAGUGUCUGUUCAAGGGACUGGAGGUGGGUCUGGACAGCAAGCGGCAGCUGCACGACGGACUGAGCCAUCAUCUGGAGUCGCCGGAUGCCCUGCAGCGGCAUGUGGGCAUGAAGACAGUGGAACUGCUGUUCAACUUUAUGGAGCAGCCGGACUGCAAGGACGAGGAUCGCUUGCGCUUUAACUACGAUUUCAUGCGUGAGACGCGGGAAUGGCACAUUUUUGGGGAGUUCGAUGAGUUGGCUCUGUUCGAGUGCCCCCGCAAGUCCGAAUUGGACGAAAGACCCAGUCCAGAGCAUGUCCAGCAAUUGGAGUCACAUCUGCGACAAUUCAUGGGCACUCUAGAAGAAAAGAAACCCGUUCACAGCCCAAUAGAACCGAAGGAUAAACCGUCGGUGGCAAAAGAGAAUCUCGAAAUGCAGUUGGACUCGGAUGAUGAGCCGCCAUUGGACUCGGACGAUGAUGAUGAUGGCCUGAAGCCGUACGACAUGUCCAAUGACAUUUCCAACACCCUCGAGCAGCGACCCAAGUUCCUGCUAGACCUGCUGCAGGUCCUUCGCUCCAAAUGCGAUAACUAUCAGGUCUUUGAGGGCGCUCUGGGCACAGCCGAACAGCUCAUACGCGGCCAGCUGGCCCGGCACGAUGCCAAGCUGGCCCUGGACCUCAUCCGACUGUUCAUCACCCUGGAAAUGCAGUUCUAUUUCGAGAACUUUGAGCGCACGCAGUUCAACUGUUGCGUGGCCAUUUGUGUCGCCCAUCCCGGCCCCUGUGCGGAGUACUUGUGCAGACAGUUUCACACAGACAACUCCUGCUAUGCGGCCAAUGUGCGCAUCCUGAUCCUUCAGGUGCUGGCAGCAGCUGCCAAGGAAAUUUCGGGCGACAUUAACCAAACAGAUGAGAGUGUAUCGCUGGACAUUGUGCCGCCAGCGGCCAAGCAGCCGCGCAAAUUUCAGCUGCAGCACGAGGAAGACAGUCCAGCGGCGCGUCUGGCUGCCGCCCAGCGGAUCAUACGUGAGCGCCUGCGGUCAAAGACACGUCGGUACUUUAGCAAACCCAGUACCCAAUCGGGGCGGCAACAGGAGCGGGCGAACCCAUACCAUACCGUGGCCGGAACCUUCUUCUUCAGCCUGGUGCGUGGUCAGCGCACCCGCCAGAUGCUGUACGUGAAGUACGAGGACAUUGCGCACAACAUUGACACCCAGGUGCUGGUCAAUCUGCUGCACACGCUGUCCGUGCUGGUCAUGUGCUCGCAGAAUUGUACGCUGCUGCCGAUGAUGACACGCGAGAUCUUCGAUCUAUGCGCCUUUGUGCGCUUCAAUGCCGAGGCCCGAGUGCGUGCGGCCACGCUGCAGUUGAUUGGCAUCGCUCUGGUCACCACGCCCAGCCAGGUGCUGACCCAGCACUUUGCCGAGUCGCUGAACGAACUCCAGCGAUGGCUGGAUGACUUCGUGCGCUCGCCCUUGGUGGGCGGCGAGACCUCCGAUGAGUGCCGCGACCUGGCCCAACAAAUACUGAGCACAUGCUACAAGCUCUUCGAUACAGCGGCCAUGGAGCAGGCAGCAACUUAGAUAUACAAACAAAAACAGAUAUACAGAGUAUUCAUCUGAUAACACGGUGUCCUUUAACAUUUCAUAGUAGUUGUAAGCUGAUAUAAAUAGCAUAUUUAUGUAUGUGUAACUCUUGGAACUAUCUUUAUGUAUUCCGGAGCUUGCCAAACCAAAAAAAAAAAAAACAAAAAAACAAAAACCUAAGGCAAUUGCAACGCAGGUACUAUAUACAGAUCAACAGAUUUAUUUCAUU